CACCAUCGCAACGCUCGCCCGCCAUGCCGCCGACGACGCACGCUCCCUCGCCGCCCGACCCAGCCACGGCGCGUGCCGUGCCGCAGUCUGCUGCUGCGCCCGACGCCGCCGCCGCCGCCGCCGAGCAUGCCGAGCUCUCCUCGACGCCCGUCGCCGUGCGCACCCUGCUCCCCGACACGGCCGCGCCGAGCGUCGACGACACAGCACGGCCGUGGCUGGUGCAGAAGUACGGCGGCACGUCCGUCGGCAAGUUCCUGCCCGCCAUCGCCGGCGUCAUUGCGCCCAGCUACCUGGCCACGCACCGCGUCGCCAUCGUCUGCUCGGCACGCAGCACGGGCACAAAGGCCGGCGGCACCACCAGCCUGCUCCUCGCCGCCGCCGAGCAGGCACUGGCGCCGGGAACGCCCGAGCACGAGCUGGCCGCCUCGACGCCCACGCUGCCCGGCGCCAAUGGCGGCGCCAACCCGUUCGGCCGCACGCCGAGCCGCGUGCGCCGCGGCGACUCCACCGUCGGCAGUCUGGCCGGCAGCGUCGACAGUCUCGACAGCGAGCCGCGCCGCAGCGCCAGCGAUGCCACCGUCGACCGCAUCCGCGACGAGCACGUGGCUGCUGUGCGCGCCCUCGGCCUCGCCUCUGCGCCGGAGCAGGCCCUCAUCGACGACAUCGAGGAUGACUGCGAGCGUCUGCGCGACUUCCUCAUGGCGGCAAAGAUCCUCGAGGAGAUCUCGCCGCGCUCGCGCGACGUCAUUCUCUCGAUCGGCGAGCGCCUGUCGUGCCGCAUCGUAGUCGGCGCGCUGCAGGCCGCCGGCGUCGAGGCGGAGCUGGUCGGCCUCGAGAGCGUCGUGGACGCCGCUUUCGUCGAGGAGCUCGGCGCCCGCGGCGGUGCGGGCGCCACUUCUGGCUCCGGCAACGAGCACGGCCUGGACCAGGCAUUCUACGACCUGCUGGCGGCCAAGAUGGCCGCCAAGGUCGAGGCAGCGCAGGGUGUGCCGGUGGUCACUGGCUACUUCGGCAACGUGCCUGGCUCGCUGCUCUCGCAGGUCGGCCGCGGCUACACGGACCUGUGUGCCGCGCUCGUCGCUGUGGGCCUCGGCGCCGAGGAGCUGCAGAUCUGGAAGGAGGUCGACGGCGUCUUCACGGCCGACCCGCGCAAGGUCCCCACGGCGCGCCUGAUCCCCGCCAUCACGCCCGAGGAGGCGAGUGAGCUGACGUACUACGGCUCCGAGGUCAUCCACCCCUUCACGAUGGAGCAGGCGAUCAAGAAGCGCGUGCCGAUCCGCAUCAAGAACGUCGAGCGCCCGCAGGGCGGCGGCACCGUCAUCUUCCCUGCGCCCGAGGAGUCAGGCGACGCAGCCGAGGGCGCUGCGCUGCGGCAGCCGCAGACGCCGAGCGUCAGUGGCGCCUCGACGCCGUGGGGCAGCAUGAGCGAGAACUUCGGCACGGCGGCGGCGACGGCGCCGCAGCCGCGCAAGCUGCCGACGGCCGUGACGAUCAAGGACGACGUGUGGGUGCUCAACGUGCACUCGAACCGCAAGACGCUCUCGCACGGCUUCUUUGCGCGCAUCUUCGGCACGCUCGACGCGCACGGCAUCGUCGUCGACCUCAUCUCCACGUCCGAGGUGCACGUGUCGAUGGCGCUCUCCUCGGCGCAGGCCAACCUGCGCCGCCCGCGCGCCCUCGACCGCGUGCGCGCCGAGCUGUCCAACGUCGGCACCGUCAGUGUGCUGCGCGACAUGGCCAUCCUCAGCCUCGUCGGCACGCAGAUGCGCCACAUGGUCGGCGUGGCCGGCAAGAUGUUCAGCACGCUCGCCGAGGGCAACAUCAACAUCGAGAUGAUCAGUCAGGGCGCCAACGAGAUCAACAUCUCGUGCGUCAUCCACCAGAAGAGCGCGCUCAAGGCGCUCAAUCUCAUACAUUAUUCGGUUCUCGAGGUCAGCCCGACGCCGCCCAACCGCCAGUCGGGCACGGUGGGACGCUCCUUCUUCUAAAAGCGCGCACGGAGAGGACCAUCCGGCGCGCGCACGAUUCCCAUCCAUCAUCUCUCCGCAUAGACGUCACCUGCAUCGGUCCCUCUCCUUUGCUCCUUCUCCGCUUUGUAUUACCUGUCUCUUGCACAACUCAUCCGCUACGUUCCAGCU